AGAGCAAUCACGUAAUGCACAGCAGACUAUGGUGCAGACAUUUGAAUGUGGCAGAUCAACAUGGACUCCCCAGUGAUGGCUCAGAAGGCGAGGGUAGUUGUGGCACCAGCGGCAGCCCCUGAUGGUGGCUACGCCCGGUUCAUCCUGCUCUCCUGCUUCCUGGUCUUUGGCCUGACCUAUGGGGUCAUUAAGGUCUUUGGUGUAUUCUACGUUGAGAUACACAGACACUUUGAAGCCACAGCAACAGGAACAUCUUGGAUUACCUCUAUUGCCGUGGCUACACUUCACUUCUUGGCUCCAUUAGCAUCUGUUUUGAGUGCUCGCUACAGCCAUCGCUCUGUAGUAAUAAUGGGAGGACUGAUGUGCGGCAUAGGAGUCGUGUUUGGGUCUUUCGCUCGUAACCUGAGUGAACUCUACUUGACAGUGGGAUUCCUGAAUGGUUUUGGCUAUGCAAUGACUUGGCCUACCACAGUGACCAUGCUGGGCUUGUACUUUGAAAAGAGGCGCCCAGUGGCAAACGCCUUGGCCAGCUCUGGAGAGUGCGUCCUUACCUUUGUCCUCACACCCUUAUUCCAGCUGUUAAUUGACAGCUACUCCUGGAGGGGUGCUUUGCUAAUCCUGGGGGGUCUGCAGCUUAACCUCUGUGUGUGUGGGAUGCUGCUGAGGCCCCUAAAGGCCACCAGAUACGUGAUUUGUGAGGUCAAAGCAGGGGAGGAAGGCUUGUCCCAGGAAUUGCUACCAAAAGACGACUCGGAGCAGAGCAAACCAAGCUUCCUAGAUGCAGAGGAGCUGAGAGUAUCUGAUGGUUCUGAUCACGGGACAAUCAAGGCAUUUCUUGAGGACCCUGAAGAAAUACCUAAUUCAACCAUGAAAAUACAAGACUCAAACAACAGGACUAAGAGGGCUGAACUAAGGACCAAAAUCCUUCGCUACAUCGACUAUACCCUCAUUACCAAUGCAAAAUUCAUGGUUUACUCAAUGUUUGGGGUGUUUGCUGCACUGGGUUUUUUUGCCCCAGGUCUGUUCCUGAUUCCAUAUGCUCGUAGUAAGGGGAUUGAGGAGUACCAGGCAGCUGCACUCAUGUCCAUCUCUGCAGUGUUGGACCUGUUUGGAAGGGUGUUCUUUGGCUGGUUGGCAAACUUGAGACUGGUGGAGAUGGUGCUGCAGCUGACAGCAACUAUGCUUCUGCUGGGUACUGUGUUACUCCUCUGCCCGCUGGCCUCUUCUUACUUAGAGCUGGCUGCUUUCAGCGCAGCAUAUGGCCUGAUGUACGGUGCUGCGGUCGCCAUCCACAUCACCAUGCUGGCUGAGAUUGUGGGCGUCAAUAGGCUCGGAAGUGCGCUGGGGUUCUUCUUGCUCAUACGCAGUAGCGGAGGCCUGCUCGGACCUCCCAUUGCUGGGUUCUUUAUUGACAAGAUGAGUGAUUACGGAUCAGGUUUCCUCAUGGCAGGAGCGUCCCUCAUCGUCUCUGCUCUGUUCCUGAUCCUCCUCCAUCAGAUGAACCGCAGGGGUCAGGGGUCGUCCACCAACAACCACCAUACGCAUACAGACAAUAUGGGACAAAGCGUCAGAGCUGAAGCCGAAGAGCUAAACAUGACAUGAAUAAAGGAAAUAUGGUCUCCGUUGCUGAUAGGCUGAAGGCAGAAUGGUCCUGUUUAUUAUCAAUGGCCAAGCACUGAAGAGGAAAGAAAUGUUGCGUGACUCACAUUUUACAAGCCUAAGGGAUUGGGGGGUUGGGGGUCAAAGCAUUGUUAUCAUUAUUAUUUUAAAUGUUACUGAUGGGAUCACUUUUGCAGAAAAGUUUUCAGUCCAUGGGCGAUUUGACACUUUACCAUGAACCGUACUUCAACCAGGAAAACCUAAAGCUUCCUUAAUGCAUUUCACAUUGCAUUUACUUAAUAACUUAAUAAGUUAUCUGUAAAAAAAGAGCUCACUUGUGGUGUGCAGUCUUGUUUUAAAGUUCAGAAAGAACGUAGAGAGCCACUUUCUACGUAGUUCCAGCCACUCUCUACAUUCUUUCUGAACUUUAAACUUUAGAAAAGAAGUCGUACGUUCCUCCUUAAGAGAAUCACAGCAGUUCCCACCUUCCUGUUCUUUUAUACAAAAUGUACAUUAUUGCAUAUGUAAUGCAUCAGUUUUUGUUUUUUUCACAAAUAUGACUAUUACUCAUUUUAUGUUUAAUGUGUGUAUUGGUUGGUUUUACACUGUUAAAAUCAAUGUUUUAUUAAGAUAUUCAAAGUAUUAGGGUACUUCGUCUUAAAUUCUUUAUUCCUUAUGUUUUUGUUGUUGAAAGAGAUUUACUGUUGUAUUGUUAAGAUUUUGGUGGUUUUGGUGGUUUUGCAGUAUUUCCUGUGUGAAAGGGCAAAUAAUAAUAACAAUUAUGCAGGUGAAGGUCUUGCUUUUUU